AUGGUGAGCGCUGAUUGGUCGAGAGGCUGACAUCGCUGAACCUCUUCUUCGGCGGCCAGUUUAAAAAAUUUCCAACUGAUUUGCUUUUUAUUAAUUUUCUUCUCUUUUAAAUUCUUUAGAUUUUUCUGUUGGUUAACUUCCAGGCUCAAAAAAAUGCCCCGUAAAAGGCAGACAAAGAAAGUGCGACGUGAACCGGUUCUUCCCAAUGGAGACGAAGGAAAAGAUUUAACGAAAGAAGAACAACAAGCGAAGCUACAAGUCUUCCUCGACGAUUUUGACCGUAAAUUUGAAGAGAAAAAACAAGAAUUUGAUGAUAAAAUUAGUCUAACAUUAAAGAAGAUCGACACUUACUGCCAUAUAGGGAUCCAGCAAAUACCUAAGACAUUACGGAAAAUGAAGUUGCAAGAUUUUAUUGCUGCUGGUGGGACAUUUGAAAGUGCUCUUCAGUACCUCACAAUGGAAAAAGAGAACACAGUUGAUGAAAAUGUUGUUGGAUCCCUAAAUGCCAUUGCUUGUGGUGAGAAAGCUUCCAAAAAUCAACUUUAUAAUGAUCCAACUUUUCAAAAAGUUGCUGGUGACUGUGCAACAUCUCUUCAAAUGUUCGACUUACAAGAAGCACCAAGCACUGUGAAAAGGACAAAACUGAAAACAGUUCCAGAGAAUAACUUUCCUCUUUUUGAAAAGCCUCUUAUAGAAAACCAACUGUUGACAGAUGCUAUCGAUAUGAGUAUCCAAAGAACUUUGCGCCAAAGACGACCCCGAAAUACAAAAGGUUCAAUGCAGGCCCCUUCUACAAUUAAAACGAGAUCUAGCAAACGAACUGCUUCAAAUGCAAGGCAACAAACCCCCUUGACGAACUGGUCAUCUUCACAGUUUUUAAUGACCCCUGCAAUCACACCAAAGUUUGAUCCCAGGUUGCCUAUCACUCCAUUUGAUCGCAGUCCCAGACAAGGUGAAAGAUUCAUGUCUUUAGAAGGAAGCCCAGUUGUUGUUCGGUCUCAAAAUAAAAUUGACAAAAUCAGGGAACGAAUCAGUACAGCACUUAUGAAUGAAGCUCUUGCAGGAACUGAGUCUAUAAAAAUACUGAAUGAGGUCUUAGAAGUGAUAAAAGAAUGAAGGUUUCCUCUCUCUCUCUCUCUCAAAAAAGAAAAGUUUUCAAAUUCUUUGGAUUUUUAAUUCAUGUCAUAUUCACUAUAGCUGCUGCUUCUGUAAAAUCUUUUAACUUUAAAUAAAUCAAGUUUUUAUUAUUUUUUAA